AUGGCACUUGGAGCACUCCACGACAUCACCAACCUGGCAUCGCGUGGAUAUGAUGCUGACGGCUUUGGUCUUCCUGGCACGCCUGAGAGGCUGCGAUCUCCAACCAAGAAGCUGUACACCCCACGCUGUACAGAGACGGACGGCGAGCAGCACAGGAUGCCCAUGCACAGUGGGAGGCCAUCUACUUCCUCCUGCAGAGCUUUGUCGGAGGGUUCCUGUCUUCGAAGGGAGUCUAUUGGGAGACGCACAUCAAUCUUGGAGCUUGCGCCGGAAGAUAGAAUGAGAGCCCUAGGUGUUCCUGAACGGCUUGGCCACCUGCCACGACAAAGGAAGCAUAGUCUGGGGCCUCCGCAGAGGAAGCAGCUCAGCAUGCAGCAGGCACAGACCCCACACGAGCACGCUCGACAGCCUGGCCGCGCUGUACCUGUUGUACCUGUUUCCUCGCCAAGUUUGGUCUUUGAAGCCAGCAGGGGAAAUGCCCACAUACGACAAGAGACAGAGCGAACUUAUUUCAUGGCGAGUUCGCCCAGCAAUCCGAGAUUUCCCCUGACUCCCCGGCAGACAAGGCCGCGCUCAAGAGCUCGAACUGUGGGGCCGCGCACGCCGCGUUCUCCACCUGCUUCCUUCGCUGUGACCAGGCGAACGGAAAGGCCUUUGAAGUCUGAUGAUGCCAAGGGAGCCAAUGCAGAUCGCAACCAUCGAGCGAAGGCAGCUGCCCCUCCUCCAAGGUGGCGCUACUAA